UUUCAUAAGAUAAAUUUUAUUUAUAUAAGAUACAAAUUUAGUUUGCAUUGAGAAAUUUAUCAAAGCUCUACAGAAUGCAAAAGUACAAAGUGUAUAUCAAAACUUAUUCUAACUUGAAGACUUAAGCUUUAACCUAUUUGAUUCUAUCUGAUAGAAUCAUAUUAUAUGAAUUUGUCAUCAUAUUAAAACCUGAAAUAUCUUGAAAAUAUCAAUUUUUAUUUAGUGCUUUAGCAAUUACAUAUAUAGAGCUUUAUAGCUGGUUUUAACCUUCGGUUUUCAUCUGGAACCUUGUGAAUUUCUAUUGAGCAUAAAAUCAUUUUUCUUAUACUUGAAAGUUUUUAUGUUUAAGCUCGUAAAUGAAUUUAUUAUAAUUUCGGAGCGGCUGUGUAACUCGUAACAUAAGCGUUAUGACUUCUGCAUAGGACACGACAACGCUUGCCGCGCGGCAAAAAGCGACACUAGCCAAUCAAUCUUUCGCUCCUAUGGAAAAAUUGUAAGUUGAUUUGGCUAUGGCUAAGUUGUCACAUUCUGUGUGCAGAAGUCAUUAUCGCGUCUUAUGUCCGGAUCUAUAUGUAUAUACAUAUGAUUUUGACAAUUGACAUAAUAGUUACUAUUGCUGUGUAAUUCAUCAAUAGCGUGCAAAGGUAAGAAAUUUGGCAAAAACUCAAAAAUUCAGAUAGCUUAUCACUAAUCCGGAGAUAGUCUCACAAGAUCAAGAUGAUUUUACAAAAAUUUCAUCUAAGUUAUUACUAAAGUACAAACGCAUGAAUUAAUUAAUUGUUUUCUGUUGAUAAUUUUAAUGCGAUAGUUACUUGCAAUACAGCUAUUUUUAUUUAUCUUGAAUGUGAGUGCUAUAUUAUACCAAAAUGGAAUUGGCUAAGGAAGUAAUCGAUAGCCUAGCAAACAUUCAAAAUAGUAACAUUCUAUCCGAAGAAACAUUUCUAGAAUUAUUAGAUGUUAUAAUAUCUUACAUCUGUAAGAAUAAUAGUGAUGGAAAAAGUAUCGCUAGUAUAUAUCCAUCCAAAUCAGAUUUGGUGAAGGCUGCCAUUGCCAGUAUAUCUUGCCUUUUUAUAGAGGCUGCUAGACACGAUUAUGAUGAAGAGAGCUUAAAAAUCUUUCUACAUAAUGAACAUAUUAAUGGACCAAGAAUUGAAAAGUUAUGUAGCACUUAUGUAAACAAUAAACAAGAUAUUCAAACACAGUUGGAGUUGACAGGAGAUAGCAUAUCACAUAUAGUGGAUGUGGAUUGGCGUUUACAUCAUUGCGUUAAGAUUAGCACUUGUACUACUGACAUGCCAAUUUAUAAUAUACGAGUGAGUACAAGAAAAUAUAAUGAAAUAAAAUAUGUAACAUUUACAUGUACCAUACAACAGCUACAAGACCUAGUGUACAAGUUGAAGGAUGCUGUAAGGCACAUCGAAAAAAUCUCUAGUAUAUAAAUGUUGAUUUACAAUAUCGAAAUACAUUCUCCCAUUGCUCCGAUAGCAAUGUGUACAUACGUGAAGGAUGUUUUAUAUUAAAUAAUAAACAUUCUUAUGUAGGAGUGCAGUCAAUUA